GCAGGUUUCUGAUUACACACCAAGAAAAUUUUUCACGUCAUACGGGUAUCUGCGAAAAAAUAUUUAUUAUAAAUGUUAAAAUAAUAAGAAAUAUUAAAGAAAUUUUUACAAAUGUGUUUUGAAAAUGAUAGUUAAGUGUCACAGCUAUAAAGUGCAAUAAAAUUUAAGAUGAAAUAUAAAUAAAUAAAACGAAAAUUUUCAAAAAGAAAAUCUAGUCAUAAUUUUUUUUCUUUUCACCCCAAAAAAAUAUCCACAAUCCCAACAGAGCAGCACCACACAACACAUAGCAGUUGGAAAAAAUCUAUCUUUAACUACCUUGAAUUUGACAACAACAGCAACAAAGUUUAAUAGAAAAAGAUUCGUCAGCAAGUGAAGAAAAAUAAUUGGCAUGAAAAAAUGACGAAGAAAAAAAGGUGUUAAAACAAAAAUCAACAAAAUAAUAGUGUUAAACCUUAAAUUAAUUAAAAUUUUAAAAAAUAAAUAUAAUAAAUCAUAAUUAGUAAUAUAAAACAGGGCAAAAAGCUCCUAGUAGUGCCUGUCUGCCAGUAGUGAGUGUGUGUUUUUGUGAUUUCAAUACAAAAAUAUAACAGAGAAAUACAAAAGAGAAAAGAAAAUAAAAUAAAUUGGUUUUUGACAAGGGGUUGUUUGUAAAAUUCGUUUAUUUUUUACACUUGUGCAUUUUCUAUCCCCAUAUAUGAGUGUAUGAAAGAAAGUGUUUUAUGUUUUAUUCUUAUACAUUGCCGCAACAUCCCUUCUCUGCUCUCUUGUGCUGCUCCACACUGUUUACACACUUCCCCCAAACAAAGGCACUUACGCCGAAGAAACGUGUAUGAGCGUGUGUGUUUACACAAGUGAGUGACUUGUGUAUUAGAGGAGGUGGUCAAUAACAAAAACCAAAAAUAGUGACAAGUGAUUUUGCAAAAAGUAACAAAAAAUAUAGACAACAAAAUUAACAACAAUAAUAAUAAUAUAAACAUCAAAAUGGACAACGACGACACUUUACUCAACAAUCGUGGUCCUCAGCCUGGUGCUGAGACCGUAUAUGGCACCGAUGAUAACAAUAUGGUGAUGUCCGAAAAGAAUGAACAGGUUGUCAGCAUCGUGCAACAAUUGGCCGGCAGUAUUUAUCAAGAGUUCGAACGCAUGAUUAAUCGUUACGAUGAAGAUGUUGUUAAAAACUUAAUGCCAUUACUGGUUAAUGUCUUGGAAUGUCUGGACGCCUCUUAUCGCAUUAAUCAGGAACAAGAUGUUGAAGUAGAAUUGCUAAGGGAAGACAACGAACAGUUGGUAACGCAAUAUGAACGUGAAAAAAGUGCUAGAAAAUUGGCAGAACAAAAGCUGCUGGAGUCUGAGGAUUUGGCCGAGCAGGAGAAUAAAGAAUUAGCCAGCCGUUUGGAAUCUUUAGAGAGUAUUGUGCGUAUGCUGGAGUUAAAGCAUAAAAAUAGUUUAGAACAUGCCAGCCGUUUGGAAGAAAGGGAAUCGGAAUUGAAAAAAGAAUAUAAUAAACUACACGAAAGAUAUACGGAGUUAUUUAAAAAUCAUGUAGACUAUAUGGAACGCACUAAAAUGUUAAUGGGCUCCACGCACUCACAAAUGAGCACAGCAUCAGAUCGCAUGGAAUUAAGUCGAGCUAGACUUAAUCCCGUAGCCAGAUCUUCCGGUCCCGUUUCCUAUGGUUUUGCCUCUUUGGAAAAUUCUGCCAUGUUAGAUACAGAAACCAUCUGUAGUGUUGGUAGUAAUUCUGAUGAUUCUGGUCCACCAUCGCUGCAAAAUGAAUUCGAAACUUUGCAAACUGUAGAAAAGUCGGCUGAAACAGAUACUCUUCAGCAACAAAAUCAAGCUACAUCACCGCAAAGUGAUAGCAGUCCCAUAGUGCCAAAUGCUCCAUCAAAUGUUGGUCGUACAACUACGAAAAAGGAACAACGUUCUGCGAAUACAUUAUAUCAAGAACUAUCCUUUCAAGAUAAUGAAGAAAGUGAAGAAAACGAAAUUGUUACAGGGAGCUGGGUACAUCCUGGGGAAUAUGCUUCUUCAGCUAAUGACAACUACUUUGGUAUGGGCAAAGAAGUGGAAAAUCUCAUUAUGGAGAACAAUGAACUUUUGGCUACUAAAAACGCUCUUAACAUUGUCAAAGAUGACUUGAUUGCUCGUGUCGAUGAGCUGACGGGCGAAAUUGAAAUCUUACGCGAAGAACUAAAUGCCAUGCAACAGUCACGUAAUAAACUGCGUACCAAGGUGCAAGAAUUAGAAGAGGAACUUAAGAAAACCAAAGAACAAGUCAAACAACAAAAUGACAAUGAUCAAGAUGAAAAUGAUGUACCAUUGGCUCAGCGUAAACGUUUUACACGCGUUGAAAUGGCUAUGGUUCUAAUGGAGCGUAAUCAAUACAAAGAACGUUUAAUGGAGCUGCAAGAAGCAGUUCGUUUAACAGAAAUCUUGAGAGCCACUCGUACAGUGGAUAAUUUAGAUAAAAAAUCUAAACAAAGCAUAUGGAAAUAUUUUAGUAAUCUUUUUACCCCCUCCAAUCGCCCACAAGAGCGUGUCGCUGAUGGGCAGGGAGGGGGGCCUAUGUUUCGUUACUCAAGCCCAUCUCACUCUCAUGGAUCCCCCAGUAGAAAUAGCGACAGUCGCCUUGCCAUAACUGGUGGCGGACCAAACCACCCCGCCAGUGCUGGCCUAGCCAAUGCCUUGGCCAAUAAAGAUUAUGCCGAAGAAGGAACCUCUGAAAGAGCCCGUGCUAGGCGUCACGAACAAUACCGACAACUAAGAGCUCAUGUUCAGAAGGAAGACGGUCGUUUGCAUGCUUAUGGCUGGAGUUUGCCGGGUAAUAAAACUGAAAAAGAACAGCAAUCCAGACAUUCUGGUGGUGUUCCCGUACCCGUGUAUUGUAAUCCUUUGGCGGAGGCCUCACCUCAUAUGAAAGUCUUUUGUGCGGCAGGAGUUAAUCUCAAUGGAGGUUUUACCAAAAAUGGUCAAUCCAUAAUACCCUCUACUUCACCAUAUGCUCCUCGUUCGACGGCUAAAAUUACUGAAAUUACUAGUCCCACAGCAGAGCACUCGGCCGAAGCAUUAGAUCGUCAAAUAACUCGUUGCAGUCUCGAAAACCUCGAACCCGAGACCCAGUUAACAUCAUAUGUUUGGAUAUGCACAAGUACCCAUGCAGCCAGUACUGUGACUGUGGUGGAUGCUAAUCAGUCGGCCACAGUUUUAGAUGUAUUUCCAAUUUGUGCCUCUCAUUUGUUGUGUAUUGCCUCGGUACCCGGUGCCAUGGAAAAGGAUUACGCUCUACUUGAAAACUCAGAGGUUAUAAAAGCCGGCGAAAUGUUGGAGAGACCCGGAGAAGGAAGUGAAGGUUUUGGCAAGGUCGAGUUUAUACGUGUUAAACCUAAAACGGAUCCAAAUAGCAAUACCAAAGAUACAGAUCACAAUGAGCAAGCCUUAGAGGUGAAUGCUGAAACUCCAGUGGAAGAAAAAGCUAAAGAAGCUACAGAAAAGUCGAAUGAACAGAACGGUUCAAUACCAAUUGAACCCUUAGGUAAUGUAAACGAAAUAAAAAUACGUCAACCCAUACCGGGCAUACCACAACGUAUCCAUAACGAUGCUACAGAUUCUACAACCACUACCAACAAGUCAAACGAUACUACUAAUAAUACCACAUCGCAAUUUAGCAAUAACAACAACUCAUCGACGAAACAACAACAGUUACCAUUCUCAAAACCCAUUAAUCCCAUAUUGGGAACUAAGGAUCGUGAAGAGCCCGUCAUGAGUUCGGUGGGUCCCACUAUGUGGAUGGGUGCUCAGGAUAAUUGGUUGUACGUCCAUAGUGCUGUUGGUCGUUGGCACGAGUGUUUGCAUAAAGUUCAUUUGCCCGAUGCCGUCCUAGCGAUAGUUCAUGUUGAGUCACGCGUUGUGGUGGCCCUUGCAAAUGCCCAAUUAGCCGUGUUCCGCCGCCAAACAGACGGCCAAUGGGAUCUGAAUAGUUAUCAUUUAGUGACGCUAGGUGAUCGCAAUCAUUCGAUACGUUGUCUCUGUGUGGCCGGCGAACGUAUAUGGGCCGCCCAUCGCAAUAAGAUCUUUAUUGUAGAUCCGAUCUCGUUAAAUAUUAUCCAUUCGCUGGACGCACAUCCGCGCAAAGAGAGCCAAGUGCGACAAAUGGCGGCAACAGGUGCUGGUGUAUGGGUUUCCAUCAGAUUGGACUCAACUUUACGUUUAUACAACACAUACACAUUUGAACACAAACAGGAUGUGGAUAUAGAACCAUAUGUAUCGAAAAUGUUGGGUACUGGUAAAUUAGGAUUCUCUUUUGUACGUAUAACGGCUUUAAUGGUGUCGUGUAAUCGUCUAUGGAUUGGUACCAGUAAUGGUGUUAUUAUCUCUGUGCCCUUAUCCGAAGGUCAAGGAAAAUUAAAUGAUCCCAGUAGUCAACUGCCUUUAUGUUGUAUGGCCAAUGCUCAACUAUCUUUUCAUGGACAUCGUGAUGCUGUUAAGUUCUUUGUUUCAGUACCACUGCGUCAAAAUAAUAGCGCUCAAUUACAAUUUACCAAUAAACGACCCGAUAUGCUGGUAAUGUGUGGCGGUGAAGGUUAUAUUGAUUUUCGCAUAAGACAAGAGAGAACUAUAACUGAUGCUAGUGAUAAUGCUGCGCAUUUGAUAGUUUGGAAAGUUGAUUCUACAUUUAAUUUAUAGUUUUAUCAACUGGAACUUUAUAAAUUAACGUUAUACGUUUGCCAAUCAUAUACGAGCGUUAUAAAUUGGUUAAAACGCUUACUUAGUUUUGUUUCGAAACAACGAAUAAGGAGUUAUGUGACCUGAAUUCAA